AUGCCAUUUCGUGUCUAUCGUGGUGCUAGACUCAGCAAGAAUGAGGUGGAAGAGUUGCGUGUCGGUACAUUGGUAGCAACUAAUGGAUAUAUGUCGUCUUCGAUACAUUUAAAUGUUGCUCAACUAUUCAUUAGUAUUGAUCCAACGACUGGUAUGUCACCUAGUCGAAGUCGUGAUGAUAAGCAACAAUUUGUUUUAUUCGAAAUUGAUAUUAAUUUGACUGAUUCGUCUGAAAUAAUUGUGGCUGAUGUGUCUGAUUAUAGCGCUGUACCAGACGAGAAAGAGCUACUCUUCGAUUUAGGUACUACUUUUAUUAUUACCAACACAGAGUAUGAUAUUGAACAUUAUUUAUGGCACAUUAGAAUGGUUUCAUCAUCCGAAAUGGCUCAACUUCGUCAAGAUUAUAGUGCAUAUAUUAACAGACGUUUGACUGAUACAUCUCCAACAAUGAUGUUUGGUCAUCUUUUAUCCGAUAUAUCAAGUGAUUACUCUGCAGCUAUGAAUUAUUUUUAUCGUCUAUUGCGAACAAUAUCUGUGGAUGAUGAGGAUCAUCCCACUAUAUAUUUUUAUUUAGCACGACUUUAUCGAUUUAUAGGCAAACAUAAGAAAGCCAUUGAAUAUUUCCAACGUGCUCUGCUGCUACAAAAACCAAAAUUACCGCAAUCAAGCAUGGCUUACGGACGUGCAUUGGCCGGACUUGCUACUACCUAUUCAGAAAUGGGAGAAUCGACACGAGCCGUACUUCUCUACGAAAGAGCAAUGGCCAUCCAUCGCGCUUUUCUACCAUCCGAUCAUAUUGAAAUGAUUAUGGAUUCAAAUCGACUCGCCUAUGCUUACUGGCAAGAGAAACAAUAUGAACGCGCACUUGCUCACCUUUCCAGUGCAUUAACAUUCUACAGGCAAAAGAUGCCAGUUGAUCAUCCAGGUCAAGCACAAGCAUUGCACACAAUGGGUUUGGUUCAUCAUACCCUAGGCAAUCGAGAACAAGCACUUGAUUAUUACACGAAAGCGUUACACAUGCGUCAAUCACUCUUAUCAAACGAUCAUCCAUUUGUUGCUCGCACAUAUUAUCAGAUGAGUCUAUUGCAUGCAGAACAGGAUGAUGAGCGUACCAUAGCACUUGACUAUGCUCAAAGAGCAUUAAACAUUCGUUAUCGAAAACUACCACCUAAUCAUAAGGAACUCAACCAAUCAAUUGAACUUGUUAAACGACUAUCUCAAAAGAAAUAG